AUGGCAUCAAACAUCCUUCCCCUCACCCUCCGCCGCAGCCAUCCCAUCUCCCUCUCCGCCGCCAUAACCCAAUACAUCUCCUCGAAGUAUGAUCAGCGGCCCGAAAUGUUUACUGAGGAUCUGCUGAUUAUCGACCGCCUGCGAAAUGAUGCCAUUAAUGUGGGAGAGCCGCAUGUGUCGGGCAUUAGUCGGCUGGUGACUUAUGCGGCGCAGUUGAAGUGGUUGGGGGGCAAGUUUCCUAUUGAUAUUGGCGUGGAGUUUUCGUGGUAUCCGGCUUUUGGGUUUAAUACGUCGAGGCCCGUCUCCCAAAAUAACCUCCGCUUCGAACUCGCCAACAUCCUCUUCAACCUCGCCGCCCUCUACUCCCAACUCGCCGUCUCCCUCAACAGCACAACCCCCGACAACCUGAAAACGGCCUGCAAAUACCUCUGCCACGCCGCUGGCGUCCUCGUCCACCUACGCACAGACAUCCUCCCCGACCUCCGCUCCUCACCACCAGAAGACAUGGACGAAAUGACCCUGCGAAGCCUCGAGGAGCUCCUUCUGGCACAGGCGCAGGAAUGCUUCUGGCAAAAGGCCGUCAAGGACGGACUGAAAGAUGCCUCCAUAGCACGCCUGGCGGCCAAAGUGUCAGACCUAUAUGCCAACGCGGGUGACUGCGGCGUCAAAUCCGACGCCAUUAGCACCGAGUGGAUCCACCAUAUGACAGCCAAGCACCACCACUUCGCAGCAGCGGCGCAAUACAGACAGUCGCGCGAUUGCCUUGAGAAGCAAAAAUAUGGGGAGGAGAUAGCGCGGUUGCGUGAUAGCGUGUCAUGCGUUAAUGAGGCGUUGAAGGAGAGUAGGUGGAUUAAUCGGGUUGUGUUGGGGAAUUUGAACGGGCUUAAGGAACGGGUUAUGGAGGAUUUGAAGAGGGCAGAGAAGGAUAAUGAUAUUAUUUAUCUUACGCCUGUGCCUGCGAAGGCGGAGUUGAAGCUUUUGGAUCGGGCGAGUAUGGUUGCUGCGAAGGCGCCGAGGGAGGUGACGGAGGCGUUGGCGUUGGUUGGGGAAGGGUUGCCGUUGGGAAGGCCCUUGUUUGCGAAGCUGGUGCCGUAUUCUGUGCACGUUGCGGAGAGUAUUUAUGUGGAGAGGAGGGGAUAG